CACAGCCAAAACACUUCCGGUCUCCUUAUAUUCACGGACUUCGAAGGAUCCAGUCUAGGUAGACCGGGUCCUUGGAUGAUGCAGCCCAGGAUUUCGAACAGAGCCACUAAGCGUCUAACCGCUGCCUAGCAACGACCGACCAAUAGGAAUCGUGAUUGUAUGCGCGUAUAAAAGGAUUUUGUUUUGUUUGUUGAUUAGAGCAGUACCAAUCGGGUGUUUACGCUUUAAUAUUGUGUUUUAAGACGAAUAGAUCUGAACAGGAAUGAGUCUGUCUUUAAGAACUGAGCCUGCAGUGGACAAAAACAAGCGCAAGAAGAGGAAAGAGCUGACAGAAGAUCAGAAACAUGAAAUUAAGGAAGCAUUUGAUUUAUUUGACACUGAUAAAGAUAAAGAGAUAGACUAUCAUGAGCUGAAGGUGGCUAUGCGCGCACUCGGCUUUGAGGUGAAGAAGGUGGAUGUUCUGAAGAUUCUGAAGGACUAUGACAGGGCGGGCAAUGGCAAAAUUACGUUUGAUGACUUCAGUGAAGUUGUAACAGAUCGCAUCCUGGAGCGUGACCCGAAGGAAGAGAUCAUGAAGGCUUUCAAGCUCUUCGACGACGACGAGUCGGGGAAGAUCAGCCUGAGGAACCUGAGGCGAGUCGCGCGAGAAUUGGGUGAAAACGUCAGCGACGAGGAGCUGCGCAGCAUGAUCGACGAGUUCGACACGGACGGAGACGGAGAGAUCAACCAUGAGGAGUUCCUCGCCAUCAUGGCUGCAGACUCCUGAUGGAUGAUUCAUUCAGAUUGUGAGUAGCUGAAGGACUGUGGCUCCGAUGUUUACUCUCAUUUUAUCCACCUGGAGCCUUUUGUUAUUUAUUACGUGGCAGCAGUGGACUGUGGGCGAACAUCCCCCAAACAUCUUAGUCACCCCUGAACAUAAACGAUGCUGGCCUCUGACACAGACUCAUCUUACUUUUUCUGUUUCCUCCUGCAUCUUUUUCACUCAAUGACUCUAAAGUCACACCUGGUUGAAUAUAAAUAAUAUGAAUCAGGAACUUCAUGUUUUUUUCCUCUUGAAUAAAGUGAAAGGUCUGUAGGUUAUUGUCAGAAACAGCUGUAGAUCAGACUGAGUUACUGUUUAUCCUGACAUGUCAGUGUGUGGAUGUGGUAUUUAUUUUGUUACACAAUAAACAGUUUUUUCCAGCCGA